AGAGAACACGUCUGAACCAAACUAGAAUGGUUGGCGACCGUCCUAUUUUGACAAAUGCGGGAAUGUAGUAAUAAGAUAAAGAUUGAUUAAGAAGUUUCAACUGCGUCUACACAGUUGAAGCCAACGCUUCAUUUCUUUUCAUUUUUUUAUUUUAAUUUUAUUUUAUGUUUUUUUUCCUAUCUUUAUAAGUAGGUAUCCAGGAUUCCCUCUUUCGACUUGCGCUCAAGAGAGAAGCAGAGAAAGAGAAGAAAAGAAAAGAAAAGCAAAAGCUUGCACACUUAAGUUUAAAACUUCCCUUUUCCUCUCUCUUCAUGUGGGACUUGCGUUUCUCCUUCAUCUUUCUCCAAAUUUAGUUUGCUGUUUUAGGUUUCGUGUUUUUGCUCUUUAGAUUCUUUCCAAGUCUUAGCUUACUAUCUUCAGCACCUACUGUAUUUCCCCUCCUUUUGCUAAGAAAAAACUUACAGAAGCUAAAAGCUUAGGGAAAUAUUAAUUAAAAGCUUAACGAGAAGGAGCAAAUCAUAGUAUACCCGAUGGUGAGAAUGGCUGCUCCAUUGUCAGGUUGGCCUUGGGAGAACUUGGGAAUCUUCAAGUAUCUGCUGUAUGGGCCUCUCCUUGCAAAAGUCAUAUAUUCGCAGAUUCAAGAGGAGGGCACCUUCAAGAUUGAUUGGUGUCUCCAUAUUCUCAUUAUUUGUGCUCUUAGAGAAAUGGUUCAUUCUUUUUGGGGCUCUUACGUUAACAUGCUUUUCCUCACAAGUAAUCGGCGGAUAAACCAACAAGGCUAUGAUUUCAAGCAGAUAGACAAUGAAUGGGAUUGGGAUAAUUUCAUACUUCUUCAAGCUUUAAUUGCAUCCUUGGCAUGUUAUACCUUCCCACCAUUCAUUGAUAAUGUUCCUCUAUGGAACACAAAAGGAUUGAUUACUGUUUUGGUACUUCAUGUGGGAAUUUCAGAACCUCUAUAUUAUUGGGUUCAUAGAAACUUCCAUGGAAGUUUUCUUUUUACCCAUUACCAUUCAAUCCACCAUUCAUCUACUGUACUCCAUCCCUUUACAGGUGCAACUGCAACAUUUUUAGAGCAUCUUGCAUUAACAACAAUUACUGGAAUUCCAAUAAUUGGGUCCUACAUGAUGGGUUUUGGAUCAAGAAUCAUGAUUUAUUGUUAUAUUUUGGCAUUUGAUUUCCUUAGAUGCUUGGGACAUUCAAAUGUUGAAAUUGUUCCUAAUCGAUUGUUUCAGAUCUUCCCCUUCGUUAGAUAUCUCCUCUAUACACCAUCAUACCACAGUCUGCACCAUACAGAGAUGGACACCAACUUCUGCCUCUUUAUGCCUGUAUUUGAUGCGAUAUGGAAGACUCUUAACACCAAUUCUUGGGAACUCCACAACCAAAUGAGUUCAAAUAUUGCAGGGAAAAAAGAGAGAGUGCCUGAUUUCGUGUUCUUAGCCCAUGUGGUGGAUGUUACAUCUUCAAUGCAUGCACCAUUUGUUAACAGGGCGAUUGCCUCAUUGCCAUACACGACCAACCCCGUGUUGCUGCCAUUCUGGCCGGUGGCUUUUAUGGUGACGCUAACCAUGUGGGCUAGGGCUAAGACCUUCCUAAUAUCCUUCUACAAUCUAAGAGGCAGAUUGCAUGCAACAUGGGCUGUGCCUAGGUUCGGCUUCCAGUAUUUCCUGCCAUUUGCUCAAGAGGGCAUUAACAAGCACAUAGAAGAAGCCAUUCUUAGAGCUGAUAGAGAUGGGGUCAAGGUCAUUAGUCUUGCUGCUCUGAAUAAGAAUGAAGCUCUCAAUGGUGGUGGAACACUAUUUGUGAACAAGCAUCCAAAUCUUAGAGUGAGAGUGGUCCAUGGAAAUACGUUAACUGCUGCAGUAAUUCUGAAUGAAAUCCCUGAGGAUGUGAAAGAAGUGUUUCUAACAGGAGCUACUUCUAAACUUGGAAGAGCCAUUGCCCUCUAUCUUUGCCAAAGGAGAGUAAGAGUCCUUAUGUUGACUCUAUCAACAGAAAGAUUCCAAAAAAUUCAGAAGGAAGCUACCUUGGAUUGCCAAAGCUAUCUAGUCCAAGUCACUAAAUACCAGGCAGCCAGAAAUUGCAAGACUUGGAUUGUUGGCAAGUGGAUCACACCUAGACAGCAAUGGUGGGCUCCUAAAGGAACACAUUUCCAUCAAUUUGUUGUCCCACCAAUACUGUCCUUUAGAAGAGAUUGCACUUAUGGCGAUCUUGCAGCCAUGAAACUUCCCGAUGAUGUUCAGGGGCUUGGAAGUUGUGAGUAUACAAUGGACAGAGGAGUGGUCCAUGCAUGCCAUGCAGGAGGAGUGGUUCACCUGCUAGAAGGUUGGGAUCACCAUGAAGUUGGUGCUAUAGAUGUGGACAGAAUUGAUCUAGUUUGGAAUGCUGCUUUGAAGCAUGGAUUAAAGCCUGUAUCAAGACUCACCAAAUAAAAAUUGAUCAAUGUAAAAUGAAGCAGAUUACUUGUAGAAAAAAAAAUUAAAGAAAAAAAACUCUUUUUUGUUCUUAAUUUGCAUAUGAUGGAACAAGAAUGAAAUGGUUGAUCAAUUAAGUUGAAAUUCAACAUUGUUAUCAUGUAUGUGCUUUUUUGUUUGAUUUAUACGUUAAAUGAAGAAAAGUUACCAUUUUAAUUUUAA